AUGGCUAUUGAUGGAUUUUGGUUAUUUGAAGGAUUAGCUGAUGAACCUUAUGGUUUAUUACCUUUACAUAAUUUAAGUACAAAAAAUGGACCAACAUCAACAAAACAAUAUGAUAGAAUAGGUUCCUAUCAAUGGUACUUGGAAGAUGAAACCCCAACAAUAAUUAUUCCUGGUAUGCCAUUACAAUCAAAUUUUUGGCCAGGAGGUAAACUUGCUCAAGAUGCUGGUGUUGUAAUUUAUGAUGUUAAUCAUCUUAAAUGUCCUAAUGGUACAAUGGAUCCUGCUAUUCUUGCAGCAAAACAUUUUGGUGAAAAAAAGAAAAAACCAAUUAAUUUUAAUGACUAUGAUUUUAUCACAGAUGCUAUUAAUCUUCAAAAAUUAUUUGCUUUUGCUCAGGAAGCUGGUGAUGGUUUAUUUAGAAUUGAUUGUGAAAGAGUUGGUAAAACUGUUAUUUUAUCAAGAAUGGAGGCAUCUGAUUUAAUGGAAAUUGGUCACUUAACAUAUGAUCAACAUUUGAAAGCUAAAAUGAAUAAACCAAGAUCUAAAUUUACUACAGGACCAUUUUAUCAACUUGUUCAUUAUCAAUUUGGUGACUUUAAAAUGCUUGUUAGAUAUGAAGUUGACUCUGCUGAUUAUCUUGCUGGAAAAGAAAUUGAAAAUAAAUUUGAAAAUGAUAAGGAAUUACCAUCAAAAAAAACAUUUGAAGAAAAUAAAGAUAUUGAAUAUGUUGAUUAUGGUUUCACCUCAAAAUUAGUUCCAUUACAAUUAUUGACAACAUAUCCAGAAGGAGCUGGAUUUCCAUUCUUCACCUGGGCCCAAUUAUUUUUUACUGGUGUUGAUCAAACAUUUGUUGGAUGGUUUAGAGGAAAUGGUGAUUUUAAAAAACCUGCUGCUUAUACUCUUCCAGAUAUUUCAAAAUUAAUGAAACCUUUACCAUAUGUUGUUUUAUGUAAAGUUCAUGAUUGUCUUAAAAAAAUUCAUUUAUUUUUAACAAAAAAUGAUCCAGAAUUUAGAUGUGGAUUAAUUUGGAAAGGAAAACCACAUUUGGAGAUAUUUGAAAAAUUUCCAGAAGCUAAUGGUGCUAUAAGUGAAGGAGUCAGAAAAUUACUGCAAACACAAUGCAAAGAUAUUUAUGAUCAAGAUGAAGAAGAAGAAAAACAAUAA